GUUCAGCACACGAUCAUCUCGCCGUCAUCCAGUCGGCAGUCGGUAGCUGAAUUGCCGUACGACUGCCCGUGUCUUGACGCGGAGACUCUUUUUUUUUUUUCUUUUUGUUUUUUUUUUCCGUUUCUAUCCCGCGCAUUUUUCCACCGUUCCGACGCGCGUUUUCCGGCUCGAAAGACAACCCGACCGUUACGUCCAUGGCGCGCCCGGGUCUCGUUGUCGCCGUUUCGCUGUGGUGUCUGACACUGGCGUCGUCGCCGUGCGCCACGGCCUCGUCGCCGGACUGGUGCCGGCUGGCGUUACCGCUGCGGGCCGAGGUCUCCAGAUACCGGCCGAUCGUCAACCGGGUCUUGCAGUACGUGCUGCACGGGCCGUACAAGGGCCGCACGUGGGCCGAGCUCGCCCGGUUCACCGACACGUUCGGCUCCCGGCUGGCUGGCACCGCGAACCUCGAGGACGCCAUCGACUAUGUGACGGGCAAACUCCGGGCCGAGAACCUCGACCGCGUGCACGGCGAACGGGUCGAGUUCACGGGAUGGCAGAGGUACGCCGUAAUUAUCCGUACCGUCGCCGACGCGCGGAACGUCGGCCCUAAAUUAUUUGAAAACGUUACAAGAAAUUAUCGCGUUUUAGAUCCGGAAGCGUAGCCAGGGAUCUAAUGGUUUUACGAUAAUAUGAUGGAGUUUUUUAUCCUUUUUUUUUUUUUCUGUCUGUAAACAACUUUUCCAAACGAAAUCUCGCUCCGAUGUGUAGAGCGCAGUAUGUUUUCCGAAAGGAAAUUUUGUCUAGUCGGCGCAUUGGAGAGGUCAUUUUUAAAUUUUCCACGGGGUUUUCAUAAUAAUUGAAAAUAGUCAUAAAAAAAAAAUCUUUUAAUAACGGCGCAAUGAUUUUAUCGUUAAAAAGUUUUCACGGCUAAUGUUUUCUAACAUAAAUAUUGCUCCAAUAGAAAAACGAAAUUUUUUGUUGCACUUUUAAUCCAGCUCAUGAUAAUGUAAUUAGUUUUUUAAUUUUUUUUUUUUUUUUUUGUGGUAGUUUUCGUAAUUAUAAUUACGAGAAACCGGAAAAUGACCAAAAUAAAAACUGAUAAAUACUAACGGCACUACCUAUUUAAAAUUUGUUCAUUUUUCGCUCAUUUUUGCUCAUUUUUUGUACGGAAAAUAUUGCUCCAUAGAAAAAAAAAAACAAGAAUUUUAUUAUGUUGCAUUUUUAACCUAUUUGGGGAGUAAAAAAGUAGUUUUUUGAUUUUCUAUGUAGUUUUAUUAACAAUUGAUCAAAAACGAAGAAUACGUAGAAAACGGAAAAAUUUACGAAACUAUUCUUUUAUUAUUUCAAAUUUUGUUUUUAGAUUCUGAGUGUAGCGAAGAAUGUAUUUGUUUUACAAAGAUGUUUAUUUUUUUUUCUUAUAUUUUUACUAUGUUCAAAAAUUCUACCAGAAAUCUUGCUCCGAUAUUUACGCGCGGUACCAUUUCCGAAAGGAAAUAUUAUCCAGAUGGUACUUUUAAGAGGAUACUUUUUGAUUUUCCAAGCGGUUUUCAUAAUAUCUUGGAAAAACCAGAAUAAAACGUAAUAAAAACGGGAAAUUUACGAAAAUGAUGCUUUUAUUAUUUUUUGUAAUUAAGUUAAAAAUAUUCGUAGAUACUUGAAAUUUGGACAAAAACCUUAUAGUUGCCUUUUAUAGGUAUGGUAAAAUUUUCAAAAAUUUAAACCAUUUCUGAGCUCUUUAUGAACAUUUAUUUUUCCGAGUUUUAUACGUAAUUUUUAUUUGGUUGGUACUGUUUGCUAAAAUUGUUAGAUAAAUGCUUGAAAAUUUGAUAGGAGGUUCAUUGAAAAUCGCACUCAUAGUGAUUAAAAAAAAAAAAAAAAUGCAUAGUAUUUUUUUCAAGGUUUGAAAUUAAAUUUUGACCGAAAAAAAAAUUUAUCAAUAAUUAGUUAAGUGGUUCAUUAACUAUUUACAAUAUCAUUUUGACACUAUAUGUUCAUACAAAUAUGAAUAAAAUAAUAUGUUUUUUUCACUAUAGCGACGAUAUACUUAUAUAAUAUAGAUAUAGAAGGUAAUGUAGGCCUAUAAAAAUGCCGUAAUAUUUUAUGAAAUGUAUCUAUUAUGAUGUCUGCACCGUAUAAUCAUAUUUUUAGAACACCCACUGUCGUAUUUACGGUGGUCGGGGAUUAAGGGGUUCUUUACCUCCCCCAUCCGCAAUUGAAUAAUUAAUAAUAAUUCGAGUUAUCAUAAGAUUAUAAGAAGUAUGAUAUACCUGUACCCAAAGUGUAUAAUAAUCGGGGUAAUAUUAACAUCCAUCACCUGGUUGGAUUAUUAUAUUUAAAUUAAUCCACUUUUGUAUCCAUGGCAUUACAGGUAUAGCCAUACUUAAUAAGAACAACGCAAUUAUUACAAAUAUUGUAUUAUGUAUCACAUGGGCCGUAGCUGAUCAUUUUUUUUAAAAAUAUUUUCUCGAUCGCCAUGAAUCAUUAUAAUUUCUUCGUGAUAAGUGUAACAAGUUACAUACAAGUGUUAAAACCACGAAAAUCUAUCAUUGUAAACCUAUAAUUUUUAAAACGUCAAAACAGUUUUUUGUUGAAUAUCUGUAAUUCUAUAUUGUAGUCUGUAGAUGUGUUUAAGUAUCGGAAAAUAUAUUUUAAUCACGUGGUGUCUCUGAGCAGUAUACCUGGUUUUCGAAGGCUUAACGAUGAACCACGAUUGUAAAACGAAAUCGAUUUAUCGCAAGUUUUCAAUUAGAUUCAAUAGAAGGUAAAGGAUUACCGUGCUGAUUUGUAUUCCUUAUCGCAUAACUUGUUAUUUUAUUGUAUAAUAAUCGUUUUCACGCCUAUUUUCUAGAAAUUAGAACUCCCGAUAAUCGGUCCUGGUAAGUUAAUGUAGAUCACGAUAACUCGACAUAGUUAUCAUCAGUCGACGAAAUAACACGAAAAUAACGCGUUUUCGUUGAUGUAUAAUCAGUGUACCAGUGUCCUGUAAUAUACGCAUCCGACACCUCACCGUCAUUAUAUUGUAUAAUAUUAUAUGAAUAAGGAAUAAUUCUAAAAUGCUGGGUUUUUUUUUCAGAUCUAACGAAUCCGCUUGGUUGGUCCGUCCAAGAGUCAAGAACCUCGCGAUGUUGGGACUAGGCGGCAGCGUCAAUACGUCCUCGGAAGGGAUCAAGGCCGGCGUGGUGGUGGUCACUUCGUUCGACGACCUGGCCAAUAAAUCGUCACAGGUGACUGAAAAAAUAUUAUUACAACGGCGCACACGCGAACGACCGCAGCGGUUUCAGAUAAUCCACGGUCAACCGUAAUAUAAUAUGCACAUAGGUAUUUUUUGAAAAUCGUGUUCCGAAAUAUGUCUAUCUCUGCGUCUCUCGUGCGCGGUACAACACACGGUUUGUUUUGGUUUUUUUUUUUUUUUCUAAAACCACGUUCUUUCCGCAAAGGUCAAAGGCAAGAUCGUCGUGUACAACCAACCGUACGUGUCGUACGGCGAGACGGUCGUGUACAGGUCGAGAGGAGCCAGCGCGGCGUCAAAGUACGGGGCCGUGGCCGCGUUGAUCCGGUCUAUCACGCCGUUCUCGUUGAACACGCCUCAUGCCGGCCAGCAGCGCUACAGUGACGGCGUCCGGCCAAUACCGGUGGCCUGCAUCACCGUCGAGGACGCUGAGCUCUUGGACCGAAUGUAUAGACGAGGUGAACGCGCGCGGCGAGAUAUCGUUUUUUUUUUCGUAAAAAUUUAAAAUUUCGCGGUUACCGCUCAAAACCGUUUUUCGCGUAAGUAAAUAAAAAAGGUUGGCGCGAAUUAAAUGCAAGCCCCGCAUAACGCACAGGCACGUGUUGAACGAGCACCUAACCCAAUGUGACACGAGCGAGAAAAAUGUUAUGGCCUGACAUUUGAUUUCAUUACGUUAUAGUUUCAAAGUUUCUCUUCACGAGAUCGGCUUCGUGUGAUUCUCCUGGAGCAAUUCACUGCCGGUUGUUGAUUUAACGCGCAUGCACAUUUAGCGAAAUCUGUAAGAUGACGUCAACCUGCGAAUGGUGUUGGAAUGAAUCCAAAAUAUGUAGUGAAAAAGAGCAAUAUGUUGGCUUAUGUAGAACGUAGACGGUUUAUGGAAUCAAAUAAAUAUACAAUAUGUCUGAGAAAAUCAUUAUUGGAAUAUUAUGUAGUGAAAUUAUGUUUAAGGGAAAUAUGUUAGAUGGAAAAGACAAUUGUUUGAAUUGUAAUAUUCUGAAAGUUUGAACAGAUGUUUAAUUGAAAUUCUCAUAUUUUUACGGUACAGAUAUUCAAAACUAUACUAUUCCGUGAAAUGUAAUCAUUCGAAGUAUUAGCUUUCAACAGUUUGUUAAUUUUGUUAAAAAUGAUUCCAUACAUUGUUGUUCUCAUUUUGUUUAAUCGAUUAAAAGAAAACAUUUGCGAUUAUUUAUUAUUUUGUUUAUAAUAUUUCCACGUGAUGGUCUAAGUUACGUAUGACUGAUUGUACCGCGUGUGUUUUCAUAUUAUAGGCAUUGAGUUGGAAAUUCUGUUGAAGAUGGACUCUAAGUUUUUCCCCAACGCCAAAUCCAGGAACACGGUAGCCGAAAUCAAGGGCACCACCCAUCCCGAAAAAAUUGUGUUGGUUUCGGGUCACCUGGACAGUUGGGACGUGGGCCAAGGUGCAAUGGACGACGGAGGAGGCGCGUUUAUCAGCUGGAACAGUCUGGUUGUACUGAAAAAUCUCGGGCUUCGACCCAGAAGAACCAUACGGUAAUAAUAUAAUUAUAAUAUAUACGUUUGGUAAACACGGUGUGCAUACAAAGGUCACAAAGUGUCCUUUGAACUGUAUAUUUAAGUAUAAAAUGGAAAAUAUUAUUUCAUUAUUUUAACAGGCAGUAAUUAAUAAUAAUUAUUACCAUUAGUAAUAAUUACUAGUGAUACAAUUAUUAUUUUAUGGCACAUAUAAUAUCGAUGCUUUGAUCGGAUAUUGAAUUGUACAAACAGUUGUACAGUUCAAUGAUUUAACCGACUGAACUCCGCUCAGAAUCGUUUUUUUUUUUUAGCAAUAAUUAAUCUUUACACAUAUACAUUACAUUAUCCCUCAUUAUAUUUUAUCAACUUCUCACCUACAAUAGUAAUCCGCCCAUUGUGGGAAGUGUAUAUACGUUUGUUUUUAUAUAUAAUAUGUAAAUUACUAACUAAUGAUUUCUACCAAUGGGUUCGUAGAUGUUUAUUGUGGACUGCCGAAGAAGAAGGCCUUAUAGGAGCGCAGGCAUAUUUGAAAGGCCACAAAUCAGAACUUGACAAAUUUAAUUUGGUCAUCGAGUCGGACGAAGGGACGUUUCAACCGUACGGAAUAGAAUUUCAUGGUUCCAAAAAUGCAGCUUGCAUCAUGAAUGAAAUCGCUGGGUAAAUUUGUGUUUUAUUGUUAUAACGAAAUAUUUUAUACAUUUAUAAUUAAUAAUUAUGUAUUUUAUAUAAAAUAUUUUGUGUUUAGAUAUUAUAGAGUAAUCAGUGUCUAACUCUCAGAUAGGUGGUUUAAAAAUAAGAAAUUUGAUUAUAUACAUAAUUACGUAGUAAGUAAUAUAAUUUACCUACUAUUUAAUUUUAUUAUUUCAGAUUAUUUGAAUCAAUCAACGCUACUAAAAUGGUGCUUAGUAAAGAAAACGUUGGUUCGGACAUCGAAGUAUUCGAAAAUAUAAAUAUACCCGGUGCGAGUUUGUUGAACAGAAACGAAAAAUAUUUUUGGUAUCAUCAUACGGAAGCAGACACAAUGGCCGUUGAAGAUCCAGAUUCGUUAGAUUUGAAUACCGCCAUGUUUGCAUUGAUAUCGUAUAUCGUUGCCGACUUAUUUGUAGAUUUACCUAAAUCGUAAACCAUACGAUUAUAUUGUUCUGUACUUUAUGCAUUAUGUACUUUACGAUUUACGUAUUACGAAUAACUAAAGCAACAUUUGUCUAUACGUAAAAGUUACUCUUAGAUUGUAACUUAAAAUAAUGGAUCAAAUAGAUACGUAUACGUAUAUAGGUAACGAACGUUUAAAUAAAAACGAUCAAUUCAAUAUAUAUUUUUUGGACGUAAAUAUUCACAAAAUUACAAUCACCGUUAUUUGAUUUGUUAUGAACAUUUUUAUGCAAUAAAAUGAAUCUUUCCCAAAGUAUUGUAUUAAAAUAUUGUAUCAUAUUAUUAUUAUUAUAGCUUAUGUCUAAUGUCUAGUCUAUAGAUAUCUAUUAUGACACAUACUUAGUAGGUAGGUUCAAAUGUACAAUAUGAUAUUUUAUAGAAUCAUUAAUUUAUUAGGUACAUUAGGUAUGGAUAUUUCUGAAGACGUUUAAACAAUUCCUUAUUUUUAUAAUUCAUAACAGGUUCAAGGUUAUAUUUUAGAUUCUGAGUGGAGCGAGGCGGUGAUACACAAUUGUGUACGAUUUCUAUACCUGGCCCUUAAAAAUAUUACGAUUGCGUACAAAAAUUAGUGCAACGUUGCCAGCAUGCGCUACUCUGUUUAUUUACUAUACAAUUUAUAACAUUGGUUAACAUAGAUUCCACACUAUCACAUGAAAUAUUUAUCAGUUAAUAUUUACAUUAUAUAGUUCCUAACUAUCUGUACUCAUCGUGAUUGUACCAAUAUACGUUAUAUGCUAUAUUUUGUCUGGCCAUUGUCAACCGUCGUUUGUGCGUACAUUUGAAUUGUAUUUCCCUAUUCAUGCCCUUCAAAUGUACAAAAUAUUAAUAACUCGCCCUUAUCGGUCGCCUCGACAGCAUAUACAGUC